UUACCAUCCCGCCGCUGUAUUAAUGCCUUAACACGCCGAUUCUUAUGCGGUUAGUUGGGCACCUUAUACUUUAUAAAAUACCUAUAUUUGUCAUGUUGUAUAAUAAUAUUAAAUAAAAAUUACUUUAUUCAAGACACCUUAUACUUAUAUUGUAAUAUCUAUUUACGCCCUUAAUUAGAAUUCCCAUUUUUUUUUACUUAUUUUUAGAAAUAAUACUUAUUAUGUCUGAUAUAAGUAAUAACGUAAACAAAUUCGAAGAAUUAAGUAAAAUGAAGGUCAAUGAUUUGAAGAAAGAGUUAAAAGCAAAAGGUUUAAGUACUGUAGGAAAUAAACAAGAACUUAUUGACCGCAUGAUAAAUCAUUCUGAAACAUCAGUUUUAGAUCUUGAAGAUGCAGUAUUAGAUGAAGACAACAUACUAGAUGAAGAUGACGGUUUGGAAGAUGACUUUGAUGAUUCUGAUAUUGAUGAGUCAAAAGUUUUAGGAGAUGUCACAGGAAAAGACAUUAAUUUAGAAAGUAAUUUGUUAUCUACAGAUUCAACUGAUCAACAGACAAAUCAACCAAAAAAAGUAACUUUAAAGAGAAACUCAGUGACUACCUUGAAUGGUGAUAAUAGACCAAAAGAAGAAGAAAUAAAAGAUGAAAAUAAAGUGUCUGACGAAAAAGAUCGGGUUAUUAAAUUGGAUGAUGUUGAAAUAUUAAGUCCAUCUGAAAGGAUUUUAAUGAGAGCAAAAAAAUUUGGUAGUAAUAUAUCAGAAGAUAAGAAACUGGCAAGACUUAUCAAAUUUGGAGCAGUUAAUGAACAAAAACCUAAUGUAGAUGCUGACAAUGAUAAAUUGAAAAUGAGGGCUCAACGAUUUGGAGAAACUGUAUCCAAAACAUUGCAUGAUAGUGAAAAAGAAGACAAACUUAAAGCUCGUGAACUUCGAUUUGGAACAAUUGAUAAAACUGUAUUAACAGCAAUAAAAAAACGUAACAGUGGAGAAAAUAUUGGGAAACAAAAAAAAUUUAAAGGUGGUAAAAGAAAUUUUCCAUAUAAGAAGCGGUAUUAAAACAAUUUUUUGUAUAUGUUUGUAAAUUUUUUAUGGUUAAUCACCAAUAAUGUAUGUAUUAUUACAUUUUUUUCUACUAUAGCCUGUAACCAGUAAUAAUUAGUUUCUUGUUUUGACAUAUAUCAAAAUGUUAUUGGUAGUGCCCACAAACUUAUGAAUUGACUAAAAAUUUAUUAAAGAAAUUAAACUUGCA